AUGGCCAACGAGCUUCAGAGAGCCCAGCUGCUCUCACGGAGGGAUACGAUGAUUGCUGCCCUGGGUCGGGCAGAGGCAUUCCUCGUUGGAUAUGACGAACAACGGGACCAGUCGCAAAUACAGCUGCGUUUAGAGUACCUCGAUUCGAUGUGGGCGUCGCUAGAGCAGGUACAGGGUCAACUCGAGGACAUCGAAACAACAGAAGAAGCUUUGAAAGGCGAAGCUGCUCAGUUAGUUGAGUCGAUUGCCAUUUCGUCGGCCAACUACAGUUUAGCGUGGGACACGCUGACAGGUCGGUAUGCUAACGAGUAUCUGCUUAAGAAGAGACAUCUACAGGCGUUGUUCGACGUACCACAUGUGAGGAAAGAAACAGCCGCUACGCUCCACAGCCUGGUCGACGAUUUCGAACGACAUACCAAAAUCUUACACCAACUGGGGGAGCCAACUGACAGCUGGAGCACGAUUCUGGAGCACCUGUUGUGCACGCGACUGCACGAUGAUUCUCUCAAGGCGUGGGAGGAUUACGCGUCAACCGUCGAGGACCCGAACUACAGCUGCCUCAUCGGCUUCCUUCAGCGAAGAAUCCGAGUGUUGGAAUCAAUUUCGGUAAAUCACCACCCGACGAGUUCUAUCACCAACACGCAGCAACAAAACCAUAAACGAUUCAACAACCAUCAGCGGGUCUCAUCCUACCCAUUCACUGCAAGUUCUAAUGGGAAAUGUCCAGCGUGUGGUCAGCAGCAUCCGUUGCUGAAAUGCCAGAAAUUUCAUCGACUGACUGUCAUCGAACGCCUAAAGGUAGUCAACACAAAGCGACUCUGUAAUAAUUGCUUACGCGCAGAUCACAUUGCACGUGACUGCUCGUCAAAUUACAAUUGCAAGCAUUGCAAUCGCCGUCAUCAUUCGCUUUUGCACACCAACCCUCACGAAGAAGACCGAAGAUCCAACGGAGUAAGUUCUAUCAACAAUUCCACGACGCCAGUAGUAAUCCGACCCACACCCGCUCCACGAGCCAAGUCAGCUAAGCAAACAGCUGCGGCGACUGCCGAAGUCGUCCCACGUGUCGAAAGCAGUACACCUGUCAACCAAACAAAGGAGAACGUUUUCUUGAUGACGGUCAUCGUUAAUAUUGUGGAUGCCUUCGGACAAAUGCACCCAGCUCGUGCCCUCCUAGACAGCGCGUCUCAGCCAAAUUUAAUUACCGAACGUCUAGCACAACUGCUGCGCGUGAAGCGCGAUCGAGUCAACGUUACCAUUAUGGGCGCUGGUCAACUGUCGAAGCCCGUUCGUGAAUCGAUUUUCACCCAAGUGAAGUCUCGGUCCAGUGAUUUCUGCUGUGACGUCAGUUUCCUCGUGAUGAACAAGGUUACUGCUAAUCUUCCCGCACAAGACGUGUCUAGAAUAGGUUGGAGGAUUCCAAAGGAAAUCACGCUUGCCGAUCCCGAGUUCCAUCGAAGUCAACCGAUAGAUUUGGUGCUAGGUGCCAAGCACUUUCACACCUUCUUCCCCACUGCUGUUCGACUACAGAACGACGACCGAUUACCGUUGCUGGUGGAGAGUGUAUUCGGGUGGAUUGUUGCUGGAUCCGCUCCCUGUAUUAGGUCUGAUGGCGAUUCAGAUGGUGAUGAAGAGCUACAAUCGACGGUAGUUUCAAUGGUUUCCCUCGAGCAGAUCAUCGAAAGGUUCUGGAUGACUGAGAGUCUAUCUACCAACGACACUUACUCGGAAGAAAAAAAGUUCUGCGAAACGUUCUACCAGUCCACUACAACCCGUGACAAUGAAGGACGCUACGUAGUACGUUUGCCCCGAAAACCCAAUUUCAACAUCAUGCUGAAUGACUCGAAAGCAAGCGCUCUCAAUCGCUAUCAACUACUUGAACGACGACUGGAUAGGAACCCAGAACUGAAGGAAGAAUACGACAAAUUCAUGCGGGAAUAUCUCUCCCUUGGCCACAUGAAACUGGUCAACGCGGAAGACGAUCAAGCUCCCGUGUCAUAUUACCUGCCUCACCAUCCCGUGAUUAAGGACACAAGCACGACCACCAAGGUCAGAGUCGUUUUCGACGGCUCUUCCAAGACUUCGUCCGGCUUCUCCCUCAACGAAGCUCUUUGCGUUGGACCUGUAGUGCAGGACGAUCUGCUCACGCUUAUUCUUCGCUUCCGUACUUUUCCUGUAGCGCUCGCCAAAAUGUACAGACAAGUUCUUGUCCAUCCUGAGGAUACACCACUGCAAAGAAUUCUCUGGCGGUUCUCGAGGCAGGUUCCAGUCCAGACCUACGAGUUGCUCACCGUUACUUACGGGAUAGCUCCCUCUUCCUUCCUCGCAACUCGCACACUGAAACAGCUAGCGGCUGACGAAGGUACAUCCUAUCCUCUCGGACGGCCGGCUCUCGAAAAAGGUUUUUAUGUAGACGACUUCAUUGGAGGAGCACACUCGGUUGAGGAAGCUAUUCGUUUGAGGACCGAAUUAUCCGAAUUAUUAGCGAAGGGAGGUCUAGAAUUGCGGAAGUGGACUUCGAACCAUCUCGAAGUGCUUCACGGUUUGCACGACGACCAGAUCGGGACACAAUCCUCUCUGCAGUUUGGUCCCAACGAAACUGUGAAAACGCUGGGAAUUGUGACCCUUGGACCAAGCGCUCGAUCUUGUCUACAAUAG